AUGACUCUUCAGCACCUGACCUACCACCUGCUGAGAGCUGUUUUGAGAAUAUUUCCAAACAGAUCUCAGUUCUUUCUAUAUGAUUCGAUUGCGCUCAGCUGUGUGAACGAUGGAAACUCAUCUGACUGGAGAGUAAUGAGAAAAACAACCAACAGCGAAGCCAAAGAGUGUUCCUCCUGGGGGAAGAUAAAUGUGUCGCAAUGCUUAAUCGAUGCCGUUUACAAAUUAGACAGUGGAUUGUACUGGUGUGAAUCCAGAACUGGAGCAUGCAGUGAAGUUAUAAACAUCACCGUGACAGAUGGUCCUGUGAUCCUGGAAAAUCCUGUGCUUCCUGUAGCAGAGGGAGAAGCAGUGAGCCUGCACUGCAUCCAUAAAAAUGCCUCCUCCAACCUCACUCAGUUUUAUAAAGAUGGUCUCCUGAUUGGGAGCAGCACAACUGGAAACAUCACCAUUCAGGAUGUUUCCAAGUCUGAGGAAGGUCUCUAUAAGUGUAACAUUGCUGGAGCUGGAGAAUCUGCAGAGAGCUGGCUGUCAGUCAGAGGCAGGAAGCCGGACUCUCUUCACUUUCGACCUGAAUACAUGUUACUUCCUGUUGUUGCUGUCUGUCUCUCUUUUGCAUGCAGCUAUUUAAUGUGUAGGAAAUGUUUUUCUGCAGCUAAAGCGGACGAUGACAUGUCCUACAUCGAUGUCACCUUCCUACAGGGAGUGCAGCCAAAGGCAAAUGCAGAAAGAACAUCUGAACCACCACUAUACUCAACAAUCAAAUGUGGAACCAGCUGAUAGGAUCCCACCCGCAUUGAUCGCU